AUGGAGGACGCCACCUCAGUGCGCGCAGCGGUUUCUCAGUACUAUGGCGAGACGAUUCAGAAGACGGAGGACCUGAAGACCUCGGCCUGCUGCACCGCCAAGGCGCCAGCCCCCGAGGUGAUCGCGGUGCUCCGCCGCAUCCCUGAGGAGAUCAGGUCAAAGUGA